CCAAAAGUUUCCUCUAUGCCGACAAAAAUUACCUUAAAACGGUUUGGCCAGGAAGUUACUCAAUAACAGUAGAAUCAUUGUUUUCUGUGAGAUUAUGGCGAUUUUAGCAGCAGUAUUAAACAAAGUGAAUGGUUUUUAUGUUCCUGUGAUUUUAAAGGAUGGCUAAAUCAAUAACCCCAUCUACUUUUGUCCGGAAUCUGACUUAUGGAAAACUCUGCGAAUUGUCCGACUUUUUGGAUCCUCAAGAUAACUGGAAGAAAGUUAUUGUCAACAUUUAUAAACCCACAGGAGAGCCGAGAUACACUCAGAAUCAUUUAAGGAGGUUUGAAGGGUUGGUGGCUUCAGGAAAAAGGCCCACAGUCGAACUUCUGCAUGAUUGGGGCACCACUAACUGCACAGUGGGUGACUUGGUGGAAAUUUUAGAGAAAAACAAUCUUCUGGCGGCAGCCGAUAUUUUGCUCCCAGUUACCAGGAUCCCAGUGUCAUGCUCUCCUGUCCCAGGAAGAGAGGGGUCCGCUGAGGUGACAGCCCCCCUCGGCAUAGUGGGACAUCUGCAGAUCUCCCAAACCUCUCAAGAGCCAGUGGAGGAUGAGGAGCAACCCAGUGGCUCAGGGUUCCGUGGGUUUUCUUUUCAGGAGCUGCUCCAGAUGACCGGGAACUUCGACGACAGGCCUGCAUUGGAGGGCGGAAGCAGACUUGGGGAGGGGGGCUUUGGUGUGGUGUAUCGGGGCUGCUUCAAUGGGGCAAAUGUAGCCGUCAAGAAGCUGAGCUGCAUGGGUGACAUUUCUCCCCAGGAACUGAAAAUUCAGUUCAAACAAGAGGUCCAGACUCUGCAGAUGUUGAAACACAAGAAUAUUUUAGACAUGGUUGGCUUUUCUUGUGACGGCGACCAUCCCUGCCUUGUGUGUUCUUACAUGUGCAAUGGCUCCUUGCUUGACCGACUGGCUUGCCUUGGUGGGAGUUCUCCUCUUUCUUGGACUAGGAGGUGUCUGAUUACCGUAGGAACAGCGAGAGGCCUGGAAUAUCUACACGAUAACCGUCACAUCCACAGAGAUGUGAAGAGUGGGAACAUCUUGCUGGACGAGACAUUCGAGGCAAAGCUCUCAGACUUCGGGUUGACGCGGAAUUCUUCCAAGCAUAGCUCCUCCACGGUGCUGACUGAGAAGAUCGUGGGAACCACGGCUUAUAUGGCUCCCGAGGCUUUGAGGGGGGAGAUCACGCCCAAGUCCGACAUCUUCAGCCUGGGCGUGGUGCUGUUAGAGGUGAUCUCUGGACUCCCUCCGGCUGAUGACUCUCGCCAACCACAGUUUCUUAUGGAAAUGAAAGAUGAGAUCGAGGAUGAGGAAAUGACGCUUGAGGACUUUGUGGACAAGAAGAUGGGACCCUGGGACCAAACAUCAGUGGAAAAUAUGUACUCGCUGUCCAAGAAGUGUCUUAGCGAGAGGAAGAACAGGCGUCCUCAAAUAAAGGAGGUGCUGACGGAGCUCGAAAAUGCCCUCACGACACUCCUGCUGGAGCAGCAGAGCAUUGAGUAAAGGGUAAUACCCAAGUAAGAUGGGAACAGACAGCACAUCCUACCCCGAAGACAUUAGCAGCAGCAGUGAAACAUUAUGAAGAACCAUUUCCUUUCACCAAAUAAAGUGUAUUUUCCUACCAAA